GCUGGAUGCUGACUACCUCGGCGAUUAUUUGUUAAUGUAACAUUAAACUGAAGAUUCUACUGUAUCAAGAAAAGACAAGAUUUCACCAUGUUGCUUCUACCAAUAUAACCACAUUAUAAGAAAAAGGUCAACAGUAGGCCAUGGAUGAUGGUCGUUGUUUACUGGACGUUAUUGGAGACCCUGAUGCCCUGGAUGAAUUCUUGCAGAACGAGGAGAGACAGCAACAAUUAAACCUUCUCAAUGAAGAUGCAGAAUCCCAACAGGUGAUAAACUACCCAUCCCAUCAGCACCUUCUGUCACCAUCGGACCUACUCUUGCCUCAGAAUACAUACCACCAACCAUUCCUAUCAACGCCAAGUCACACCAUAGCCACGCAGGACAGCCAUGCUGUGUCAAGCACAACUGAAAGUGACGAGCUUGCAGUUGGUGUUAACACUCGUCAGCAAUCGGCCGGCGGGUCAAACACGUUCACCCCUAGUGGGGCAAGUUCACAGACUUUAUACGUACAGGUGCAACAGAGAUCCUCGUCCCAUGUACUAACCACCACCCCUACAUCGACGAGCACGAGUAGUAUUCCUAUAGCGACGAUCAAGCCAUACGCAGCCACCCAAGCUCUUCAGGCGCUGAACAGUGGGUCUGGCGUAACGUCCAGUAUUGACGAUCCAGGGACACAGAAGUUGGGGCAGGGACAAGUUGUAGUGAGCAUCGCUCCUGGGGGCACCAAGACAAUCUCUCCAGCCCAGACAUCUGGGAGUACUCUUCAUUACCUGGCCCCCGGGUCGACUCUAAUCAGAAAUGCAGGCGUGCAACCUGUGGUCAGUCUAUCAGGAACAGUGCUUCAAAAUGUGCAGAGUAUGACCCAGGCACAGCCAUUGGGUCAGAAUCAGACUGCUGGUCAGCCUUUUCAGAUCCUACCUAGCGGUCAAGUGAUCCAGCAGGGUGGUGCGUUGCAGCCUGGACGAGUCAUGACUUUAGGACCAAUCAUUAUCGGUGGAGCUCCUGGUCAACAGAUCACCGUCCUUCAAGCACCUGCUGGUAAGACAAGUCAGAAAGCACCAGGUGUGCCAACUAUUAUUGGCACACCACAAUCCCAGAUUCUUAAAGGUCAUGCUAAUAUCCAACCAAAGCCUGCUGUUGGAAGCAGCACGGGAAAGACUCCGAUCUCAAUCAGACCGAUGCAGAUUGCCAUUCCGCAGCAAACCCUCCAGAGUGGUGUCCCACAGAACUAUCAGAUCAUCUCACAUCAAGGGCAGUCAGUCAUGAUCCCGACAAGCCAGGACCAGCAGCAGUCACAGCAGCAACAAGUCGUAUCCCAACUGCUGCAACCUACGCCUUCAACCCAACAAGAUUCAAACAGCACCACAACUCAGCAGCAGAGUUUCCGCUUCAUACAACACCCGACGUCGGGGCAGAUUAUCCAAAUCCCCACACAGGUUGUACAGCAAGGGAGUGCGGCCUCGUCACAGCAGCAACAGCAGCAGCAAGGCUAUCGUGUUGUACAGCAACAAUCGCCAGGUCAACCGCUGCAAUUAGCAGCAGGACAGCAGGAUGUCCAACAGAGUUACCAAAUUGUUAAUCCAACAAUAGCAGGACAAUCGUCAAACUUGCCUAAAACCAUUGCACAGCAGGUUACUCAACAACCAGGGAACGUUGCACCUCAGCAGACGGUUGUCCUUCAGAAUCAAGUAUUUUCCAACCUCAGAACGGACAGAACUUCUCAGAUUGUGCAUCCGGUGAUUACCAUCGGUACAAGCCAAGGAAACAUCAUCGUGAUGACGCAAGCACAGCCUGUCACCACAACCACAACAACUCAGUCCGGAUCUGAUGUAGAAGUCAUUUCUGUGCCAAGCGAGGGCCAGACAGACAAAGCCAAGAAGUCAAGUCGUCCCUCGAAAAAGAAGAAAGGUCCCGCUGCUGAAUUGCCAAAGACCAUCAUCGCGGAUAGGGCUUCUCCUAACUUAACACAUACCCAAACCUUACAGCGACUCCCGUCAAUCCUGAAUUCAGCCAACCCACCAUCUGUUUCUUUGAAAAGAGAGUUGACGAUCACACCAAAUGCGCAGGGUAUACCGACCAUGACCGUCAGUCAAGCUGGGGGACAUCAAACCAGUGGACAAGUCAAUCAGCUGUCAGUCACGCCACAAGUAACCCACUCGACUUAUCAGAUUAGUCACAGCUCUGUAUCCGUUCAGAAUCAACAACAAGACGCCAAAUCGCAGGCGUUGCUUGACGCAGACCAACAGCAGUUUCAGUUGUAUCAGAAAGUGUUGAAGCUGCAGCAGGAGAAACAGCAGGCAUUAGCCUCGCAAGGUGAACAGCAGCUACAGCUGCAGCAAAAACUGCAACUGUUGCAGCAAGCUCAACAAGCUCAACAAGCUCAACAAACUCAACUUGCCCAGCAGCAGCAGGGUCCGCACACCAACCAGCAACAACUCCAAGCGGGACAGUUUUCCCAAUCCGGAGGACAAGCUCUCCAACAAGCACUGCAGAUUUCCAAGCAACAGGCUCACCUUUCAGCGCAGCAGGUAAAGACAGGGCAGCAGGUGUUGCAAAGUGGACAACUAGUACAGGACCAGCAGCAGGGAGGUCUGAGCAGCAACCAGCAGCAGGCGCAGCAGACGGUUCAGCAGGUCAUGCAGAGCUCUCAGCUGGCCUACACGUCGCAGCAGCAACUCCACUCGUUGAGUCAGCAAGGGCUGCAGCCUCAACAGGGGAACCCCCCAGUGUCGCAACAGCAGUUUAGUCAACUGCAAAUGGGGCAGUCAUCUCAGUCUACACAAGAGCUGUCAACAACACUGCAGCAACCACAACAACAGCAGCAGCAACCACAACAACAGCAGCAGCCCCAACAGCAGCAGCAGCAGUCUCAACUGCAAAAACCUGCUGUUAGACAAAUGACAAUGGGGCAAGCCUUGCAAGCUAUUAUUAACCGAAGUGGCAAAGGACAACAGAAAACAAGCCCACAGCAACUGCAGCAGUUUAUCCAGGCCAAUCCCAACAUCCUCAAACUACUGCAACAAAAACAGCAACAGCAACAACAGCAGCAACAGCAGCAACAACAGCAGCAACAACAGCAGCAAAACCAAAGUACCCAAGACCCAACUGCUCUUCAGCAGACUUCUUUGAACCAGUCAAACAACCAAGGACAAUCAUCAAGUACCCUUUCCCCAUCACUUCAAAACCAAGGAACAUCGGAACUUGUUAACACAAACAAUAACAGCGACCAGGUGAUGGGUAUCAGUGGGCCGGUCGCAGCUCAGUCUAACCCAGGAGAUCAGGCAUUCCAGACAACCCCACAAGAAGGAGUAAACUCUCAAACUCAGCAACAUACCUUUAGUGGACUUGGGUCCGCUGCAAUUCAUCUGGCAAGAUUGCGCCAACAGAAGCAACAGCAACAGCAACAGCUUCUGCAGCAGCAGAGCAGCACAGCGUUACUCGGCCAGCAGACAGCGGUAGGUGGUGCUGGUAUUCAACAGAACACUAAUCAAGUGCAGCUACAGCAGCAGCAGCAACAGCAACAACAGGUUAUGCAAAGUAGCAUGACAAAUCAACAAGUCAACAUGAUCCAACCUGAACCAAAUCAAACCAUAGGCCAAAUUGACAGCAUCCAACCACAGCUUGUCAACCAACAGCAGCCACAGCAAAGCAGUUUUCAAACGGCGCAGGGACAUGUUUUUCAAACCCAGACGGCACAAAAUGUACAGCCAUUAACCGUACAGCAGCAGUUGCAGCAACAGCGCCAGUUGGGUGCUGCGGUUGCUGCAAGGCAGGCACAGCAAGGAAACUCACAGGUGUGCCAGGUUAAUAAUCAAGGGCUGCAGCAGGUACAGGGAAACGCAGCUCAGGGUAGUCAAGGACAGGGUGUUAUGCAGAGUCAAGGAGUGCAACAGCAGCAGCAACAGCAGCAGCAACAGCAGCAACACCAGCCUGGUGUGCAGCAGGGGGAAGCCUCUACAAAUACCCAAAUGUCCAACCAAGCAUCCAGCGCCCGUCAGCAAGCCGUUCAGCAGAUCAGCAUCCAGGCUCAGAAGCAGCUUCAACUCAUUCAGAAUCACAUCCGUCAGAUCACCGCCGUGGCUAACCCCACAGACAGCCAGAAGAAUAUGCUAACCCAGCUACAGACGCUGCAGCAGAAGAUUGUACUACAGGCUAGACAGCAACUGGCGCAGUUUCUUGCAUCAGGAAACUUACAGCAGCAGCAGUCAAAAUCUGCAGCACCAACUACUGCAGUAUCAGCAACUCAGCAGUCUCAAAGCCUCAGUCAGUCAGCACCAUCACACAUUCUGAGUCAAAACCAAGCUGGAUCUACCAACCAGAGUCUCUCGCAGUCGCUCAGUAAUACAAGCUCACAGCAGCAGCAGCAGCAGCAGCAGCAGCAGCAGCAACAGCAGCAACAAUCACAGCAGCAGCCGUCACAACAGCUUGCUUCAGCAGUAGCAAUAGCUGCACAAAUACAAGCUUCCUUGAAGGGAGCAUCUCAGCCUGGUAGCGCUUCCCUCACCCCUCAGCAGAAGCUCCUCGUCAUACAGCUUCAAGAGAACCUGAAGAAGAUGACUCCAGAACAACAGCAGCAAUUCUACAAACACCAACAGGCUCUUCUUAUGAAGAUGCAGGCACAGGCUAGACUUGGCAAUCAGUCCACAUCAGCAGUUCAACCUCAGCCACAAGGCAAUCAACAACUGCAAGGUGCUACUGCUGCUAAGAAGGUGAUUGCCAUCAAGCCAGCGCUACCCGUCAAGUCAGCCGCCAAAGAACCUCCAAAAGAGCAGCCCAAACCAGAGAAAGAUAAGCACAAGCACAAAUCUAAACAUAAAGAUAAGGAUAAAGACAGAGAACGGGAGAAAGAAAAAGACAAGUCACCAAAGAAACCAAAGCCUACCCCAAUUGCAAAGCAGUUGGCAGCGGACAUAUCCAGUGUGGAACAGACCGACACCAAGAAAUCUUUCUGCGUAGCGAGUAAAGCAAUCAAGAGACUGCUCCCGUUUCAUCUUUGUCAAGAUAAUACGCCGACCGAUGAACAACUUGCCAAAUCGGAUGAGACUUUUGAAGCCAAAUGCAGCGUCCUAAUGGAGAAGAAACAACGAAUGCUGAAUAAGUACCAACUUUUACUUUACAAUGAGAGCAUGAGGUUAAGACCGUCGGCUGAGGUCGUGAUGAUAGAGCGGAUGUUUCUAAGUGACGAACGCAAUAAGCUCGAGGCUGACAAGAAACUUGCCGCUGCAAAUAAAGAGCUAAUUGAAACUGUCGCACCUGUUCUUAGUCUAUCCACCAGUGAUGUAAUCAGAUCAUCAACAUCAGCAGCCUCGUCUACACCGUCCACAAAAACAACAGUAACAACAAUAACAGCAACCAGCAAAGUCUCUAUUAAAACGGAAAAUCCAAUUCUCCGAGAACUUGUUGCCCCUCCUCCUGUCAAGAUGCCGCCCAGUCUCCUCUCACCAAAGAUGGCAGCCGCCCUAACCGAGUCGGUCACUGCCAAAAUCACUCCCACUGGGGAUAGUGUGGACAUAGAGGGUGGUGUGACCACCGUUAAAGUAAACGGCCGCUUGGACAGGGAAUCCCUGCCAAACCCUGAGAACGGUGGAACCUUGCAAAAAAGUGAACCCAUGAAUGGAUCCCCGCGGCUACCGCCGAAGAAACGAAAGAUCGACAUGAGCGCUUAUUUGGUCAAACCUAAAAGCGAGGAACAGAGUGACGGUGCCCAAGGAGGUACUUUCCAGAAUCAUGUCAAGUUAAAACUCAAACGGACGACCGAGUCCGAUUCAAUGUUACCCGUCAAGGCCACCCAACCUCUGCCGCAACCGCAUGUAGAUAUAAAACCGUUAAUCGGUCUCAAUGUCGCCAAACUUACCCCCAAUCAGAAGAAUUUCAUCAUGGAGAGAAGACCGUCCUUCCACGAUGAAUUCCUGAAGAAGUUUGGAUUGAAGGCGAAAGAGGAAACAGUCUUAGGGCGAGAUGAGCUUGGAGGAAACGAUGGUGUCAGCCAAGAAGGUGAUGAUGAUGAUGACAACAUCUCAGUUGUAGACUUACAGGAACAGAUGGAGUGUGCCAUAAACAGCAUCCUUGAUCUUCAGCGUCUUGAGCAAAACGGAGCCAAACAGUUUGUCAAAGGUCAGCAAGUAAUCUCCUCCGAACCCAGACAAGUUCCGAUCCAAUCCAGCCAGCCUACACCCUUUCCAGAACUCCAAAGCAACAGUAUGAGUUUUGACGAUCAGGGCGCUCUGACUGAUCUCGACUUUGAAAAUCACUCCAACUCCAUCGACUAUGACCUCGGCAACAUCACAGAGUUUCCGUUCGACACCGACGAUCAGGCCAAUUUCUUGCCCGACCAAAACGCUGAUAUUUUCCACACGGAUAUAAGCUCAUCCUCUUACCCACCCGCUCCGUUGCCCAGCAUGGUGGAGCCAAGCCUCGUUCAAGAGCAGAGCGUAACUGAAAUGGAUUUCCACGAGAGUACUCGUGAAGAUUCCACCUCUUCAUCAAUCCCCGAGAAACACUACCCUGCUGUUUCGGAACUCACACCCGCAAACUUUGACCAAGAGAGCUUUGACCUUCCUGAUGAGAGUUCCGUCGUAGCACAGUUCCAGAAUGAGUUGAGCAUGCUUCAACACCAUAACCCAGCGGAGGAAGAUAGUGAGUCUGUCGAUGAGUAUUUCACCGGAGGGGUCGCCGAGGAAACUGAAACGGAGACGGACCCUGAUUUAGAGGCUGCUGUCAACAGCAUCCUUUUCUAAAAAAGCCUCAUUCUUUCUGCUCUUCAUCUUGAAGGGAUUGUCCUUUUUGAUGACAAACUUUGAUAGCUUUGUCUGCUGAUUGCUGAAGUAAGAAAAAAUUUUCAUUAUUUAUUUUUCAAAAUCUGACAUUUUUUGCUGGCUAGGAGAACGACGGUUUGCUUCGCCAGGAGAAAGAUGAAUUCAUUGUGACUUUCUUUUCUGAGAGUUUCUUAUUGUCCCUUGAAGGGAUAUCUUAUAUUAAAGGGAAGGUACACGUUUGGUAAUUACUUAAACAAAUAAUUAACUUAAAAACUGACUUGGUAACGAGCA